AUGAACCAGCAAGAAGAGAAUUGCAAAAGGCAUGAUUUCAUGGUGCUAUCGGCCAGCGAGGCGUUUAUGAGAACCUGUCUGUCCUGCGGAUUGGUUGAGGACGUUCAACUAUCACAACAGAAGCAACAGGUCGAUCCGUGGGAAGGCUGGCUCAGAGCUGAAAUUAAGCCGCUGUCAUGGCCCCAUUGUGUUCAAUACUCUGAUACUACCAAUGCCACCCUUACGAGGACUGCGAGAGGAGAUGAAGAUGUCUACAGCUACCGUCCAAACGUGCAAACCUCGUUUCAGAACGAAGCUCAAAGAGAGAGGAACCCUUAUGUCUACUCUGAUCUGCCCAGAGGUUCCUGUAUUCGACUACUGAAACUCUCACCCGGCAGCAGACUCGAGAUACUCAGCGGCCGACUUUUCGAGGUUUGGUGGGAGCAAGAAACGUGUCCUCCAUACUCUGCCCUGUCCUAUACCUGGACAGAUGAAAAUGGCGACACCUCACUUUCAAAUCUCAUAUUCCUCGACAAAGAGCAGAAAGUCCUACGCAUUACACGGAACUGUGAUCGAGCGUUACGAAGCCUUCGCCACAAGACCAAGUCUAAAAUAUUAUGGGUUGAUUCAAUCUGUAUCAACCAGUCAUCUCCCUCCGAGAGGUCUCACCAGGUCGGCUUGAUGAAGACCAUAUACUCCAAAGCAACCACUGUUCACUCUUAUGUCGGAGAAACAGUGUGCGGAAAUGACUUGACAGGAACAGAAGCUAUGGCUUUGUUAAAUGAUCUUCAGGUUAAUGGAACUUUGAACAUGCUAUCUUCCAAAAAGACAAGCAACAUCUCCGUCCUCGACAAAUUCUUUGCAAGGUCCUACUUUGCUCGGUUAUGGGUCGUCCAAGAGCUUCUUCUCGCUCAGUCAAUUACUAUACAUUGCGGAGAGGUCUCACUCCAAGUUAGCAACGAGUCCAUCUCGCAGCUGCAUGAACACGGUGUCAAGGUUCCGUCGUGGGUUCGAUUUGCUGGAAGGGCGAGGUCGAGCGCAGUGCAAGCCUCUUUGGACUUGAGAGAUCUUCUUGCUGCAACCAGUGUCUGUCGUGUUACAGACCUACGUGACAAGAUAUUUGGGUUGUUGGGUCUGAUUAGCAACGUUCAAGCUUCAGAGCUCAGCCCCGACUAUGAAUUGAUGGUCCGUGAGGUUUACAUUGGCGUCGCUGCAUACCUGAUACAAAAGACCCAUUGUUGCGACCUCAUUCAGCACGCCAACCCCUACUGGGUUAAGCAGUGGCUUAGAAAAGACCCCCGAUUUUGCAUAAAUGACUAUGGUAUUCCCUCUUGGGUCCCUCUUUGGGAUACAGAUGUACCGCUGCAAACUUUUCAAGGACUCUCCAGACAUAUGAAACAGAUCGAAUUGGACAGCAAACGCCUUUUUAGCGAGGAAUCACUCGUCGACUGUUUUAAAUUACUUACCAUCGAUGGCUGGUCUCACGACGAGGACUCAGAGUGCGAUAAAGCAGUGAAUUGCUGUAAAAUGGUGGAAUCCAAGUCAGGCUUUCUCAGGACCAGGAUAGAGACGGUCUUACGGCUGAGCUCGUCAUUUGAACCUGUUCUUAGAACUCGUCGGGAUCUCAACGGACUGAAGGACGGCGAGUAUUCCACAGGGUUCUGGGACCUGAAGGGUGGUCUUAAACUUGCCAUCAGGAGUUUUGCAUGGGCAUUGAAGUGUGCGUUCCCCAACAACAAUGUUGAUCUGAUCCGGGUCGAGGGGUGCAGUCGUUUGUUCUUGGCACAAAAGACUUCUGAGAGCCGAAAAUAUCGGCUCAUCGGCUCGUGUGUUGCAGCCAUAGUCUGCCAAACACAGGAGCCCAGUCCUGCCGAGAUCCUCAAGUCCGAUGACCUACACCAAUACCUACGAUUCAAGCCUCUUACACGCGAAAUGAUUCACUUCAUGGCAAAGUGGAGUAACCAAGUACUCGAGCUCGCAAGAUCAGACCCAGAAGAUAAGAAACGCAUUUUGCCAAUCGAGGACCAAAGUAGCCACUUUGUCUCCAGAGACGAACCCGAGACAUCCCAACCACGUUGGAGAAGCUGGAUCCCUUUCUUAACUCUAGAAACUAGGAAGAUUGUGGAACAUGACUUGGAACUACAGAAGCAAUUUCCAAAUCUAGUUCACUUCUGGCACGAGGCCCAUAUCUUGUAUACUACCGCUCGAGAUUGGACCAGGAGUGCCUGGCAAGUCUCAAACCACGGUAUUAUGUUGCAGUAUCGAUUUCCCAACGAUCUGAUAAAGGUUCUGGAAGACCAUCUUGGAAAGUCGCUUGCAUUGGGAGAAGCGUUUGGGACGAUCACGGGUAACAAGCCUAAUUUCCAGAGCCUGCAUCCUCUUCAGCUGCUACUCGAUCUCCUAGCAAACCCUGGGGUGUCAUGGUCUGGUGAUGAACUCUUAGGCUAUCCACAUGGAUUGAAGGGGCUCUUUGAGGAUUUUGACCGUCUUCUUCUAACCCUGGAUAAAGAUCAAUUAUUCUUAGAUCAAGCUUUUCCACUGGACCUUAGCGAUAAGCACCCUGAGUACAACAGUAUCAAGGAAGCCAUAGGAUGGAAACCAGCACUAGAAGGGCUGGUGAGGAAGAAUACGGAGGCGAUGGAUAUUUAUCUUAUUUAG